GUCACAGUGAGCAGAGCCGAACCGCAGCGUCCCGCCGCCGGAGGAGGAGGAGGAGGAGGAGGAGCAGGAGGAGUCCCGACACAAACACGCGCAGUGUCGUGCUGUAAAAUUCCACUUAGUAUUUAUGGUUUACAUUUGCAGGUACACUGUCGAAACCAAACGUCUAGAUUCUAGCAGGUAACGUUAGGCUACGCUCCUCCACCACAGGCUGAAACUAAUCUUCGAGUACAUGGAGCUGGAUCGGCGGCUGCUGCUGGCUCACUGCGCCGCCCACACCCUGUCCGUCAUAGCUGGACUCUUGGUGGUCGUGCCGCUCGCUUUAAACGGAUCCGCUUUCAAGGGAAGGUGCGCGCUGUUUAGUCAAGGCUUCUGGAGGACGGAGAACUUCACGGUGGGCGAGGAAGAGUCCAGAACGGUCACUCAUUUGGUGGUACAACAAUGGGGUCCAUUAGCGGCGUGCCAGUUCGCCACAUUUGUCGGUGUGUUCACGGUGUUGUACGGCGCUGUUCAGGGCUGGAGGAGCCUGUUCUACCUCCAUCGGCGGCAUGACGACACGCUGUUCUCUGCCUUCCUCACGCUGCUGUUGAGUCUGUGUGUGCUCUUCCUCUCUGGAGGGGCCAGUGUUACUCUCACCCUGGGCCUGGUGUCCUGGUGCAACACUGUUACAGACCACAACACCAGAUCCUACAGUUGUGCCGAGUCACAGUCCGUUCCUCUUUAUCUGGACGUUGAGACAUCCUCUUUCUACUCUGAGCUCAAUUGUGCGCAGAUCUCUCUGUGGUGUGUAACGGCUCUGUGGUUGGCUCACUCUAUUCUGUCCUUCCUGAGGCUCUAUCAUUCCCACAGUCAGCAGAUUAGCGGACCGUGUUUAUCCAGGGAGAAGGAACUCCUCCUGGGCCAAACUCAAGUGGAGUGUCCCAUUCAUCAUCCGCAUCCACACUCGCACCCUUCACACACUCCCAGUGUUUUUAUCUAGCCAUUUAUUUAGUGUUCAUAGAAGUUGCACUUUGAGGUUGAUCUAAGGCCAGUUUUAUUGAUUGGAAAGAAGCAACAAGACGACUGGUCCAAGAUUAGCGUAAAAGGUAAUUUUACUUCUAAUCUAAACAGAAAACCCCACAAGUCUCAUGCAUGUUACACAAAGAAUAACAUCAGUAAUCAGAAUUAGCCUGGGUUUUAUCUAUUCGUUACUUUUUAUGCAUUUGUUGAGAAGUUUUUGUCAUGUAGCUUUGUGCUUACAUUGAGGUAAAAUGUCUUGUGUGUACCAAUUUAUAACUUUGCCAUAAGGAUUCUAAUAUAUAUAUAUAUAUAUAUAUAUAUAUAUAUAUAUAUAUUGCACUAUUAAUGCAUUGCUCUUGCAUAUGCAAGAUAUCGUCUAACUUUAUAUGUUCAGCCAUAUAAUAUGAAUUUUAUGUGAAUGGGAAGGAAAGACUAGCCCGUUGCAUGUGCUCAAGUCUGACCCAUGCUUGUUUUGUACUGUGAAUGUAUACGCAUACAGCGUGACUUUUUGCAUACUGAAUGGUACUGUCACUCAAACCAGACAUUCUCUUUCUAAUCCGAUUAAGUUUUCUUAUAUGAAGCUGUUUGUGUUGAUGCAAGCUCCUGGUUCAAAAUCUACUUUUGCUGGAUAUUGCAUUGCUUAAUUUAUGUGAUGGAAAUUCAGAGACAAGGAGAAGCUGGAAAAACAUGAGACGGAAUGUCAAGAAUGUUGCUCAUCCUUUUUGAAUCCUGAACCUUUGACCUGGAGGAUUGUUGUGAAACACAAACAGUUGAAUAAGAAGCGAGAGAUGAGAGAAAUGUUCAUUUAUGGCUUGGAAAUGUGACGAUGCUUGUGUUUUAUACUGCUGUUUGUAUCCAUUAUGUCCUAUUUAUAAGCUCUUCUUACUUGAGUAAAGGUAAUAGAACAUGGUGUCUUGAUAUUAAGUUGGUGAACUUUGUUGUAUUUUUUAAAACAAAAUAAUUACUAAAAUCAAAUUUUCAAACUUAAAUGGCAAAAUCAUGGUUAAAGCAAACAGAGCAAUCAAAA